CUUUCCUUAAUUAUAAAUUAAAUUCAAAAAAAAAAAAAAAUGAAUUCUAAUAGAAAUGCUGGCUCAACAGCUUUAAAACGUCUUAUGAAAGAAUAUAGAGAACUCAUUUUGGAGCCUCCAGAAGGCAUUGCUGCAGGCCCCAUUGAUGAAAAUAAUUUUUUUGAAUGGGAAGCUCUAAUUUCUGGUCCUGAAGAUACUCCAUUUGAAGGAGGAUUAUUUCCAGCCACUUUAUCAUUUCCAAAAGAUUAUCCUUUGAGCCCACCUACGAUGAAAUUUACCUGUGAUUUCUUUCACCCUAAUGUAUAUCCUGAUGGCACUGUUUGUAUUUCAAUCCUGCAUCCUCCUGGAGAUGAUCCUAAUAUGUAUGAAAGCAGUUCUGAAAGAUGGAGCCCUGUUCAAAGUGUCGAGAAAAUUUUAUUGAGUGUUGUUAGUAUGUUAGCAGAACCUAAUGAUGAAAGUGGUGCUAAUGUUGAUGCUUGCAAAAUGUGGAGAACAGAUCGUGAAAAAUACAAUCAAAUUGUAGCUGAAAACACUAGAAAAACUUUGGGCUUGUAAUAAAAAAUAUUUACAAAUUUA